AUGUUCCAGCGCGGUGGAGAUAAAAAGUCGAAAAGGAUGGACCUCGCAAGAACGAGUGAGGCUCUGCAGGCCAAGUACCCAAUCGCUAUGAUAUUCCUAGUGAAAGUGAGGUUCGGACCGCGAUUUCAAGGCUGUCCUCUGGGCAACAAAAGCGGGCACCCACUAGAGAUGAAGCGCUUCAACAACCGCAGAAAAUACGAUUCCGAAUCAAGCAGCAUACAUAUCGCCGCUGAUCGCGGCGAGGCGCUAAGCCGCGCCCGCUUCGCUUCGCUACGCUAG